CGGAACGCCGGUUUCUCCGUGUCGCCGUCUUUCCUCCCCGCCCUCUUCCCUCCAUCCCUCUCUCACUCACGCUCUUCCCCGCCCCUUUCCCUUUCGGGGUUGACUGCUGCUAGUGCCAUCUUCUGCAGAGAGUCGCUGCUUCAGCCCUCUGUCUCCAUCUCCUACGCUCAUCGCUCUUAGAGCUCUUCUGGGCACCAAGACACCAUCCUACUCUCUUCCAUCCUCACACACCCUCAUCACACAACUCUUCUACCGUUGGUGGACUUUGCUGUGCUAAACCCCCUGGGAGUUUGCAACGUUUGCAGCUUCGCCACUCUUUAUCCUCAAUUCUACAGCAGAUAGAAAUCAAAAAAAAAACAAACCAGAAAAGAAAAAAGAAAAAAAAUCUUCGUUGAGAGAAUCUUGUUUCCUCACCAUCCAUUCCCUCCCCACGUCUUCUGUUAUUCCUCGUGAAUAGUUCAAAGUCGAGGAGCAUUCCCCCGGAAACACUUCACUGUGUCCUUCCCGGCUUCUUGAGUAUUUCCUGCUCCACCUUUCCUGGCUUCGGCUUCACCGUCAUCUCUGGCUCUUCUCGAAAUAUCUCAACCCCGAAAUUUCGAACAACCUCUUCUGGGAUUCUAUCUCGCCAGACAGGCAGCUAGUGUAGGGGAGACAUUGAGUUGUUCAUCUCCCGCAGAGUCUGCCGUACCACAUCUCCAUCUUAAUUGUCACUUUUCAGCAUCGGCUGGCUUUCGGCUUCGAGUAUGGCCGCGCACGUUACAAUGGAUUCGCUCACUACCCAUCCGACCAACGCGCAGCAGGCGAGAGCCUUCACAUCCCCAGCCUCUCUGUCCUUCCCUGGUGUUGCUGCCGAUUUGACUCCUCCAUCCUCGGAGAAAGGAGCCAAUACAGCCGUCUAUGGUCAGAGUGGGAAUGGAUCUGUGAAUGGUCAGCCGCAAGGAGGAAAUGCCGUCACAGGCAAUGGGGUGAUGCCCGCUACUCCGGCUGCGACCCCUGGCGCGAGCACUCCGGGGAGCGGCAUUGUGCCUACGUUGCAAAACAUUGUCGCAACUGUCAACCUUGACUGUCGCUUGGAUUUGAAAACCAUUGCCCUACACGCGAGGAAUGCUGAAUACAAUCCAAAGCGUUUCGCUGCCGUCAUCAUGCGUAUUAGAGAACCAAAGACUACUGCCCUGAUCUUCGCAUCAGGCAAGAUGGUCGUCACCGGUGCCAAAUCGGAAGAUGACUCCAAACUGGCGUCAAGGAAGUACGCUCGGAUUAUCCAGAAGCUUGGUUUCAAUGCCAAGUUUACGGAUUUCAAAAUCCAGAACAUCGUCGGCUCUUGUGACAUCAAGUUCCCUAUCCGCUUGGAGGGUCUUGCCAGUCGUCACCAUAACUUCAGUUCUUACGAACCGGAGUUAUUCCCCGGUCUUAUCUAUCGUAUGAUGAAACCCAAGAUCGUUCUGUUGAUCUUCGUCAGCGGAAAGAUUGUCUUGACGGGUGCCAAAGUCCGUGAGGAAAUAUACCAGGCAUUCGAAUUGAUUUACCCUGUACUUUCUGAUUUCCGCAAGGUCUAAAAAUGCUUAGAUUCUAUGGUCUACGGGCUUUGAAUCGGCUCAGUUUCACGCUAUUGGGGACAGUGUUUACGCCCUCUGCGCUUCCACCACGUGUAUUAACAGUUUCCUUUUGGCGAUGUUCCGAUAAUGGGCUCUACACAACAAGUCUCACUGCUUUUCAGAGUCUAUUGUCUUGAGACCCUGGAUGCGCCUUCACGAUUUCGUUUUCCCUACUAGCAUUUUCACGGCGUUAUAGCGAUUUGGAACUUCUUCGGUUGUCCCUUUUCAGAGUUCAUGUUUACAAUUAGAUAGUCG